CGGUCUGUGGAAAGCGGAAGUGGGAGAGGAGUUGGGCGCCGCUUCUGUGGCCGCUGCAGUGUCCUGGUAAUGACAUGGCAUCUGCCAGCUCCAGCCGGGCAGGGGUGGCCCUGCCUUUUGAGAAGUCUCAGCUUAUCCUGAAAGUGGUGUCAGCAAAGCCCAAGGUGCAUAGUCGUCAACCUCGAAUUAACUCGUUUGUGGAAGUGGCUGUGGAUGGACUCCCCAGCGAGACCAAGAAGACUGGAAAGCGAAUUGGGAGCUCUGAGCUUCUCUGGAACGAGAUCAUCAUUUUGAAUGUCACAGCCCAGAGUCAUUUAGACCUGAAGGUCUGGAGCUGCCACACCUUGAGAAAUGAACUGCUAGGCACCGCCUCCGUCAACCUCUCCAAUGUCCUGAAGAACAAUGGGGGCAAAAUGGAGAACACACAGCUGACCCUGAACCUGCAGACAGAGAACAAAGGCGGUGUUGUCUCGGGUGGUGAGCUGACAAUUUUCCUGGACGGGCCGACUGUUGAUCUGGGAAGCGUGCCUAAUGGCAGUGCCGUGACGGAUGGUCCACAGCCCCCUUCGAGAGAAUCCAGCGGGACAGCCGUCGCUCCAGAGACCCGCCACCAGCCCCCCAGCACAAACUGCUUUGGUGGGAGAUCCCGGACGCACAGACAUUCAAGUGGUUCAGCCAGACCAGCCACAGCAGCCGGAGAGCAGAGCCCCGGUACUAGCAGCCGGCACCACCAGCCCGUCAAGAACCCGAGCCACAGUGGCUUGGCCAAUGGCACAGUGAAUGACGAACCCACUGCAACCACUGAUCCCGAAGAACUGUCUGUUGUUGGUGUGGUGUCCCCGCCUGUUGCAGUGUCCAGUGUGACCCCGAACCCCACCACUGCGGCUAUCCCUGCCACGGCCACGCCGGCCGAAGGGGAGGAGCCCAGCACUUCGGUCACUCAGCAGUUCCCCGCAGCUGCCCAGGCCCCCGAUGCUCUGCCUGCUGGAUGGGAGCAGCGAGAGCUCCCCAAUGGGCGUGUCUAUUAUGUUGACCAUAACACCAAGACCACCACCUGGGAGCGGCCUCUUCCUCCAGGCUGGGAGAAACGCACAGACCCCCGAGGCAGGUUCUACUAUGUGGACCACAAUACCCGGACCACCACAUGGCAGCGCCCCACAGCCGAGUACGUGCGAAACUACGAGCAGUGGCAGUCCCAACGCAACCAGCUCCAGGGCGCCAUGCAGCACUUCAGCCAAAGAUUCCUCUACCAGUCUUCAAGUGCUUCCACUGACCAUGACCCACUGGGCCCGCUCCCUUCUGGCUGGGAGAAGAGACAGGACAACGGACGGGUGUAUUACGUGAACCACAACACACGCACAACCCAGUGGGAAGACCCUCGCACCCAGGGGAUGAUCCAGGAGCCGGCUCUGCCCCCAGGGUGGGAGAUGAAGUACACCAGCGAGGGGGUGCGCUACUUCGUGGACCACAAUACCCGCACCACCACCUUUAAGGAUCCUCGCCCGGGGUUUGAGUCAGGGACGAAACAAGGUUCCCCUGGCGCCUACGACCGAAGUUUUCGGUGGAAGUAUCACCAAUUCCGUUUCCUCUGCCAUUCAAAUGCUCUCCCCAGCCAUGUGAAAAUCAGUGUUUCCAGGCAGACACUUUUUGAGGAUUCUUUCCAACAGAUCAUGAACAUGAAACCCUAUGACCUGCGCCGCCGGCUCUACAUCAUCAUGCGUGGCGAGGAGGGCCUGGACUACGGGGGCAUCGCCAGAGAGUGGUUUUUCCUCCUGUCCCAUGAGGUGCUCAACCCCAUGUACUGUUUAUUUGAAUAUGCCGGGAAGAACAACUACUGCCUGCAGAUCAACCCUGCCUCCUCCAUCAACCCUGACCACCUCACCUACUUCCGCUUUAUCGGCCGAUUCAUCGCCAUGGCUCUGUACCAUGGAAAGUUCAUUGAUACAGGCUUCACACUUCCUUUCUACAAGCGGAUGCUAAACAAGAGACCAACCCUGAAAGACCUGGAAUCCAUUGACCCCGAAUUCUACAACUCUAUUGUCUGGAUCAAAGAGAACAACCUGGAGGAGUGCGGCCUAGAGCUGUACUUCAUCCAGGACAUGGAGAUCCUGGGCAAGGUGACGACCCAUGAGCUGAAGGAAGGGGGCGAGAGCAUCCGAGUGACAGAGGAGAACAAGGAAGAGUACAUCAUGCUGCUGACUGACUGGCGUUUCACCCGGGGCGUGGAAGAGCAGACCAAAGCCUUCCUGGACGGCUUCAACGAGGUGGCCCCCCUGGAGUGGUUGCGCUACUUUGACGAGAAAGAGCUGGAGCUGAUGCUGUGCGGCAUGCAGGAGAUAGACCUGAGCGACUGGCAGAAGCACACCAUCUACCGGCACUACACCAAGAACAGCAAGCAGAUCCAGUGGUUCUGGCAGGUGGUGAAGGAGAUGGACAACGAGAAGAGGAUCCGGCUGCUGCAGUUUGUCACUGGGACCUGCCGCCUGCCUGUUGGGGGAUUCACUGAACUCAUCGGUAGCAAUGGCCCACAGAAGUUUUGCAUUGACAAGGUUGGCAAGGAAACCUGGCUGCCCAGGAGCCACACCUGUUUCAACCGGCUGGACCUGCCGCCAUACAAGAGCUACGAACAGCUGAAGGAGAAACUGCUGUACGCUGUUGAGGAGACCGAGGGCUUUGGACAGGAGUAACUGAGGCUGUCCCCCACCCCCAGCCCCCAGCACAUGUGUAGUCUUCAGUCCUCCUUGCCCGAGAGGCUGCUGGCCCUGUAGCCCCCGGGAGGCCCCUGCGGAUGGUCGUCCCGUGUAGGACCACACUGUCAUCAGGCUGGUGGCAGCAGAGCCUGACCUCAACAGGCCCUGCCCUGCCUUUCGUUCUUCCCCACUGGUGGCAGUCUGGAAUAAAGCCCCCAUGUCACCCUUGGCCCCAUCAGCCAUUGCAAAGUCUAGAGGGCUGACCUUCUCUGGAAAACUCAUCCUUCUCCCUUGAGACCAACCCUAGGUUUGUGUGAGUGUGCAAGGGAGGGUGCCCUGUGCUGAAGCCCUGGGCCUCACAGGCUGGUUAGGUGAGAGGGAGACUAGCCAUUUGGGGUAGCUGUUCUGGGCUGAGGAAGCCCAGGGUCUUUGUCAGUAAAAGAGGUUCUAUUUUGUAUAGAACUUUUCCAGUAAUCUAUAUAAAUGAAGGUCUGAGGGAGGGGAGCUCUGGACCAAGGUCAGCUCUUGUUCCUGGCUAGCCAGCUCCAGCCAAGGAGGCCGAGCAGCAUGGCCGCGCUCCACUCAGUGCAGCCAGCUCCAGCCAUAGGGGCCGAGCAGCACGGCCCCGCUCCACUCAGUGCUGGCCAGUGUGUCCCCGCCAGCAGGCAGAGGGUCGUUACCAGCUGCUGGGAUGUCAGGGGAUGGAAACGCCCUCAGAUUUUCCUCUCCCUUUUACAUAAACUUGAAGUAUUCUGUG